UGGCAACUGGCAGUGGCAAGUGGUGACCUUAGUUGGUUUAUAAAUAAACAUUUUAGUUAUUUCAUUGAUUUAUUUAUUGUGCAUAACUUGAUACGAUUAUAAGACAAGAUGAUCGAGACUUGGAUAAAUAUGUCUACUACAUUUUAUAUGAGUUAAUUUAGAUCGAAUCUUAUCAUUGUUAGCGUCAAUUUUUUUGUGGUUCAAGUUUACAAAAUAAACCAUGGCUGCACAUGAGACAGUUAAAGUAGCAGUGGUAAUAGAUCCUAUGCCGAAUGUAGUACCAUGUUCGAGUACAUUGACUGCAGAAGAAUUGUGUAUACUUUUGUGCAAGAAAUAUAACAUUCCUCCACUGACGCGUACACUAUUUGCUUUGCGAAUCAAAGGAACAGACUAUUUCCUCAAAGAUAACAGCAAAGUUCUCUCCAGUUCAAGAGAUUAUGAACUCAGAAUAAGGUUCAAGGUACCUCAACUUAGUUUGUUGAUAACUCUUGACAUGACUACAUAUGACUACUAUUUUCAACAAGCAAGAAAUGAUGUGAAUGAGAAUAGAAUACCUGAAAUUAAAUAUCCUGAGCAUAAGCAAGAACUUCUUGGACUGGGCAUUGCUGAUAUGAUGCGUGCGAUAUUAGAAGAAAAAUUACAAUUAAAUGAUGUAGUUAGAAAUUAUAAAAAGUAUAUACCAAAAGUGAUAGUACGGAGACAUGGGCCAUUUCCUAAGAAGCAUGCCUAUGAUUGCUUGCCUCAAUUAUGUUCUGCGGGCCAUAAUGUUAAUUAUGUGAAGAAUCUAUACCUGCAACAAUUAUAUGGCCUUGCACCUAACUAUCUCGCGGAAGAAUACAAGGACACUAUAUGGCAAAAUGGUGCGGAGUGUAUACCUGUGAAGGUCGUAGUGGCGCCGUUUCACCCGCACCAGCCUGGCAUACGAAUAUAUAACACAUUGAAAAGAGAUUGGUUUCAUGCAUGUACAAUUGAGGAAUUAAUAUAUUUGACAAGGAAUGGCGACAAUUCUCUGGAAGUAUCAAGACGAGGGACUCCACUUUUUUUUAAAUUUAAAUCUGAGGAGCAACUGACAUCAUUUAUAUCAGUUUGUGAUGGUUAUUACAGGUUGAUGGUCAAAUGGACAUUCAAUCUUUCAAAAGAUGACGAAACACCGUCCCUGAAAGAAUUGCAAAGGAUAAAAUGCCACGGCCCAGUUGGCGGCGCUUUUUCAUACCGCAAACUAGAGGAAAAACGUGGAAAAAAACAUGGUUGUUAUAUAUUGCGACAAUGUCAAGAUGACUACAAUGUAUAUUAUUUGGAUGUAUGUACUAAAAAUAGCGCAACUGAAACAUAUUGGCUGGAAUUUAAAGGUGACGGGUAUGUGUUUAACAAAGAAAAGUAUUUUAGCAUCGAAAGACUAGUCAGCUGCCAUCAAAACCCUGAAGGCAGGAUAUUUUUAAAAGAAUGUAUACCACCUUCUGAAUAUGAUAAGUCUCAAUUACUGCUUUGCGGUGAGCCCGUCAAAAAGGGCGUUAGGAUUGAUCAAGCGGAGUUACAAGACAUACUUAAGGAUAACAAAAGUCCACGAUGUCUACCCAAUAAAGAUAUUUUAUUAUACACAGGAUCAGAAAAAGUGGGUUCAGAAAAUAUUACCGCUACAUACAAGGCGUUAUGGAGGCUCGAUGAAACCAAGAAACUUCUAGUCGCGUUUAAAACUUUACAGAGGGAAAGGGCGAAUGACUAUUUAAAGGAUUUUAUAGAAUUAGCCAGCAAAUGGGCGUGUGUUCAGUCAAGUUCAAUAGUGCGGUUAUACGGCGUUACGCUCAGUUCGCCAACAGCCCUUGUACUAGAAUAUCUACCAUAUGGACCUUUUGAUGUUUAUUUAAGAGAAAACGAAGAGAGAGUUAAGCCCUUGCAUCUAAAGAAAGUAGCGGCUGGGCUAGCGCGAGCUCUGUGGGAUUUGUCGGAAGCUGGGGUGGUGCACGGGGAUGUCCGUUGUAGGAGGUUACUACUCGCCUCUCACCAGGCUGAUAGGAUUAUUGUGAAGCUGUCUGGACCAACGUUACGGCAGUACACGCCACAAGAUGUUCACUGGAUUCCAGUAGAGUUCUUCCCAGACAUGAGUUUAGCGAAGCGGUCAGUGGUUGGCGAUAUUUGGGCAUUUGCUACGACUCUAUGGGAAGUGUUUUCGUAUGGACAAUCGCCGACGGAGACAAAUCCUGUGCUCACUGCAAGGAGUUACGAGAUGGGAGAUAGACUGUUGCGGCCGGCUCGGUGUCCGAGUGAAGUGUGGGCUCUGAUGCGGCAGUGUUGGCAGACGGAGCCGCUCCGACCGCAAGAGAUCAUGCGAGACAUGAACCAUAUGUUGCAUCGAGAGUAUGUACCAAUACACGAGUACGAAGAGCCAAAGAUUUCGCUUGAUCAUUUGGAACAUGCGGACACAGUUUCAAGUGACAGAUUUAUACCGAGCGAGCUAAGUGACGCGGGAAGCAAUAAGUCUUUGAUAUCAGUCGACAGUAGCGUACCCUCUAUGAAUGGAACUAUGUCGGAUCAAUAUGAUAAUCCCUUCGCGGACAACAAGAGCUCGAACUCGUUCGAGAACGCGCUCGCGUACGCGCUGCGGCACGAGACGCAGUCGCUGGGGCGCAGCAGCCGCGGCAGCGUGUGCGCCGGCGCCCCCGCCGCGCCCGGCGCCCCCGCCGCGCCCGCCGCGCUCUCGCUCGAGCCCGACGAGUUCUGUGCGGCGCCGCGCCUCAUGGAGUCCAUCGUGUCCCAGGGCAAGACCUACCUGGUCACGCUCACCAAGAAGAUCGGCAGCGGUAAUUACGGCCACGUAUUCAAGGGAUGGAUGGAGCGGGACAAUCAAGAAUCUCAAAGAAAAGAAGUGGCAGUUAAGAAGCUUACCCGACAAGAGUCAGAAAGAAAUGGCAGUUUGUAUGAAGACUUUAAGAAUGAAUUAGAAAUUAUGAAGUCGCUACAACACAUAAACAUAGUGGAGAUCCUGGGCUACUCCUGGGACCACGGGUCGGAUGUGCUCAUCGUUAUGGAGUACUUGGAAGAGGGCUCACUCAACUACUACCUCAAGUUUCAAGGCGAUAAGCUCAGGCUUUCACACCUGCUCAAGUACUGCAAGGAUAUUGCCACUGGAAUGGAUCACGUGUCUGCGAAGAACGUAGUGCACAGGGACUUGGCGACGAGAAAUAUCCUGGUUGUGAACAAGUACCACGUGAAGAUAUCCGACUUUGGCCUCGCGCGGAUCAUUCCCAAGGAGGAGAACGCGUACAGGAUUAAGACUGAACGAUUGCUGCCUAUUAAUUGGUACGCGCCCGAGUCGGCGGUGGAGCCGUGGCACUUCUCCACGAAGAGCGACGUGUGGUCGUUCGGCGUGACCGCGUGGGAGAUCCUCACGCGCGCCGCGCUCGAGGUGCCCAGGUUCGACGUCGAGCGGCCCCGGGAACGGGCCUCCUGCUUUCAGAUUCCGGACGGGUGUCCUUCGGAAAUAUUCAGGCACCUAAUGAAAGACUGUUGGGCGCUAGACCCCAGCAUGAGACCCAAGUUUAUCGACCUCGUACACAUGUGCAAGCGAUUCAUGGAUGAAUACAAAUAAGCUAUAUGUGUACAAACCUUAUAAUUCAUUUGAUGUAUUUAGAUAGAUAUAUUAAUCAGGGUUGAUUUCAUAAGCGAACAUUGGUAAUCUCAAAAUAUAGUACAACAGAUAUAUUCGACACUGAGUGCAAUACGCAAAAGAUUUUCUAGCUGCUACGGUCUUAGUGUUUUAUUAUGCGCGUUCCGUUUUCUAUUAAUUGACAAUAUUGCAUUGAAAAGUCUGUAAAGUAAACCUUUUUGGAAGACGUACAAAUGUUUUAAAAUAUUAUAGGAGUUUAUAAAAAUGCUCCAGGGCUAUUGAACAUUUUAUGUGAUGAACAAGUCUAGAAGUUUCUUGUGCUCAAAUGUUUUAAAAAUUCAUUAAGAGCUCAAAUAAAAUAUAAGACGAUAUGGGCUAUCUUAAAUUUAAAUUACAUUAAUUAUUAUUUAUGUCUGACGUGUAUAUUUAGUACGAGAUGCAUAAAAUAAUUAAGUAUUUUAAGGAAACUAAACUCUAUAGUCUCAAUGUAUCUCUAAUUGAUCAGUAAGUUUCCUAACAUUCUUAUUAGCUGGAAUGAGAACAAUUUUACAUAUUAUAUAGUGCUUAUCUUUAAGAGGUUUCAGAUAGAUUGUAUGUAGAAACAAGAUUUGAAAUAGUAUACAUAUAAUGCAGUGACAACGAUAUUUACACACGACGGGUGCUUAGUUCCUGACUGAACUUAAAAAAAAAUGCUUACAUUUACUGUGUUUGUGGAUUUAUUUAAAACAUUAUUAUGAUUGUUGAUUCCAAUGAGCGAAUGGCGUGAGGUUUUCACGUAAAUUCGUAAGAAACGACAUUUAAAUCGUGACAUUUGAUACAACGUCUCUAGCGUUGAAAUCGGACACUAAAAUAUUUUAACAAACCAUAUAUGUAGCAUAUUUAACAAUAUAUUUUUACAGCAACUUAACAAAUGACUUCUGUUUUGAUUAUCUAUCGCAGUAUUUAAUUCUUAAAUUGCUUUGCUAGUUAUGUGACGUACGUAAUGGAGAUAUAAAUCGAGAGAGUAUUGGUGAUAUGUUUCAAGCGCUUUCAGUGAGUGACUCAUAACUAUGAGUUUCUCACUGAAUUCGCUUCGCCUUUUCCUGCGCCACGAAUUGAAAGGUACGUGAGUGUGCAAUUUUGUUGUUCCUCUACGCAUUUGCUUCAUAUAUCAAUAAGCUAUUGGUUUCGUGUUUAGUGCAAUCAGACGACCCAAGUCUCUGUUACAAUUACCUCCGCUUGAAAGGCGAUCGUUUAUAAUAUAAUAUUAUUUAUAAAUAUCAUAAUGGAUUUAUAUUGUAAUUUUAUUAUACGUUUACUUGCCGACCGAUGGAAGUUUUAAUGUCAAUUGUAAGUUAAUGCUUUAGUUUUAAGGAUAAUGUUAAGAGGUUUUAUUGCUAGUCUAAUGUUUCUUUUCUCGUAUAAUGGACCACAAAUCACAAUACAGUUGUAAUAUAAAACAGGUACUAUGAAAUACAAGGUAUAUAACAAACUUGUUUUCAAAUAAUUGUUUUUGUUUGUAAAUAGUUUCAGCAUGGUUAUACGAUGUCGUAAGUUUUGAACCAAAGAUGAUAUUAUCGUUUAUUAUAGUGAAGAGAUAAUGUUUAUUAAGAGACUACGUAUAGGUACUUUUUUAUAAUGUUGCGUUAUUUUUGAAAUUGCUGCAUUUUUUAAUUUUUAUGUUGGAGAAUAUAUAUUUAAAUAAGUAUAUACGUACGAUCUAAACUUUAUUAAAUAUUUUACUUAUCUACUUGAAAAAAGUGCAAUAACUGCAGUGUUGAGUCUAUUUUAUAUAUUUUCAAGAAGUUUUCCUGAUCAUGAUAAAUAUACAUAGAAUUUAUUUUCUAUGGCAUCUCUGUCAAUUUUGGUAAAAAUGAUGAUUACUAGAACGUAAAAAUUAUUUUUGUUUUAUUUUCAUAUAUUUUAAACGUUUGAAUAGUGGCAUGAUUAUUGUGAUUAGAUUAAAUCGUAAGAGAUAGAGACUGAUUUGUGGCGCGGUGCUAAAAUGGAAUGGCCUUAUUUUUUAUAGUUUAUUGAUGUGUAAACAUAUUAUACAUGUUACGUGAUGUUUCAACUAUAAGUUAAAACAGAAAAUUCAUAUUAUAAUCAUGUUUCUUAGCACGUUUAGAAUUCGAGCCUUAUUUUGAAGUCUAUAAGCUGUUAAUUUGAUUGUUGAAGUUCUGUAAACUUUUCUAUAUCUCUGUAAAGUCAGUUUGGACUUGAAAAUUGUUCGAAAGUGUUGUGAAAAUUCUUUUUAAAUUUGUGUCGAAUUACUUAAAAGGAAACUAUGUCAAUUAUUGAAUUCCCUUCGUCAAAUUAAACUUAACUAAAUGAGAAUCGAACAUUGUGACAACGAAUAAAUAUUGGAUCAAUCUCGCCAUAGUUACCAAAUGGAGUACAUGUAUACAGUGUAUAGAUUGGCUCAAGAUAGAAUAUAAUCAAAGGAUUGUGUUAAAAUCAAUUAUUGUAUGUUAGAAGUGUUGCCGUAUUGCGAUAAUGUUUUAUGUCUGUAUAUAGUAGAUUUAUAUUAUAACGCAUAGAAUUAUGAUAGAUAUGUAUUAUUCUGAACGACCAUGUUCUUGCGAGCAAUAUAAUAACUGACUUUAUGAUUUUAUCUCAAAAAUCUCGUUUAGGAAAUUAAGCAAAUCAGUUUAUUGUAUUCCAAUAUAUAUAUGGUUUUGUAUUAUAGAAUAUGGUAUACAUUCAUCGUUGAAACCUAAACGAUGUAAUUUUUUUUACAUUCUACUGCUUUAGUAGUAUAAUAAACUAUGGGAUAUAUUUUGUAUAAGUUUUUAAAUAUGAGUUAUGUAAAUAAUGAAUUUAAUUUAUGUUAUGAUGCUAGAUGUAUAUUAUAUUGCCCGAUGAAAGGUGGUCCGUUUUAUUUGCCAUGAAUUUAUAAAUAUUAAAUAGUUGAGAA